ACUCAUUCUUUAGCCAACAUUCAAGUCCAAAACACAAAGUCAACCAUUCCUCAUUGAAGUUACAAGAAUCCAGAGAGAGAGAGAGAGAGAGAGAGCGAGAGAGAGAGAUGAGAUCGACUGCACACCCACGACUCUGAUCCACUCAUCUAUACGCGACGGACACCAUUGAUUCCGUCACCCUAAUCUGAAUCUUCUUCAAUAAUCAUGGUGUCCAAAUGCUGUAGCCUCCAUCUCCGCCCACACCCCCACCGCCCCUUUCCCCCUGCCUCUGCAAUCUUCCCGAAACCGAGGCCCAAAUACCUCCCCGCCACCCCUGUCUCAUUACCCACGAAAUUAACCGUCUCCCAUGACCAAACCCGCUCCCCAAGACCCUCCUCUCUUCGACCCAUGGCGUCGCACCAGCCCAACAAACUCGAACACGACCUCACCCUCAGCAACGCCGACCUCCAGCCUACGCCGCCCCACCGCAGAACCUCUUCCGGCUGGGAAUUGGCAAGUCUCUGGGUAGGUCUAGUCGUCGGCGUCCCAUCCUACUACCUCGCAGGCAGCCUGGUCGACUUAGGCAUGGCUUGGUGGCAGGGCAUUGCCACCGUUGUCGCCGCCAACGCCAUCCUUUUGGUGCCGCUGGUCCUCACCGGCCACCCCGGCACGCGCUACGGCGUGCCCUUCCCCGUCCUCGCGCGGUCGGCCUUCGGCGUCCGCGGCUCCCACGUCCCGACUCUGCUCCGCGCGCUGGUGGGCUGCGGCUGGUACGGGAUCGAGACUUGGAUCGGCGGCGAGGCCAUUUUCCUCCUCUUGCCCAACUCCUUCAAACACUCCUCUUUCUCCCAAUUUCUCCCCUGGCUCGGCACUUCGCCUCUCGAAUUCGCCUGCUUCAUGGCCUUUUGGGCUGCGCAAUUGGCCGUUGUCUGGAAGGGAAUGGAUGGGAUUCGUGAGCUGGAGAAAUACUCGGCUCCAAUUCUUAUCUUUCUUACUUCUUGCCUCCUUGUUUGGGCUUAUGUCAAGGCAGGUGGGUUUGGUCACAUGCUCUCCUUGUCGACCAGGCUCUCUUCUUCAGAGUUCUGGGCUCUCUUCUUUCCUUCCCUCACUGCAAACAUAAGUUUCUGGGCUACUCUCGCACUUAACAUUCCUGAUUUCACCCGGUACGCCAAGAGCCAAAAGGACCAAAUCAUGGGUCAGGCUGGCCUUCCCAUCUUCAUGGGGGCAUUCACCUUCGUUGGCCUGGCAGUAACCUCUUCAACCGAAGUUAUUUUCGGACGCGUGAUCUCCAAUCCAAUCCAACUUCUCGGCGCAAUCGGAGGAUUUACGACUGUGAUCCUUUCCAUAUUCGGCAUCGGUCUGGCCACCGUUACCACCAACAUCGCCGCCAACGUGGUGGCGCCGGCGAAUGCGCUCGUCAAUCUCAACCCCAAAAUGUUCACGUUUAGACGAGGAGCUGUUCUGACGGCGUUGCUCGGAAUUGGGUUUCAGCCGUGGAGACUGCUCAGGUCAAGCGAGAGCUUUGUUUAUACAUGGCUUAUUGGCUACUCUGCGCUGUUGGGUCCGAUCGGAGGGAUAAUUCUUGCAGAUUAUUAUCUUCUCCAGCGAAUGAAUUUGAGUGUUGCCGAGCUGUACUCGUCCAGUCCAAGGGGAGCAUACUAUUAUUCAGGAGGGUACAAUUUGGCAGCAAUUACGGCUCUUGUUAUUGGGAUUUUGCCGGUGAUUCCUGGUUUAUUGCAGAAGGUUGGGAUUGUGGAUUCAAUUGCUGAUAUUUUUGUAGUCAUUUACAAUAAUGCUUGGUUUUUCAGCUUCUUCAUUGGUGGUUUUGUGUUUUGGGUUCUAUCUUGUUUGAUUGGAAAGCAGAGGAAUUCUCUGGCUGUAGAUCCUCUUCUUCCCUCUGCAACGUAGUUCCUUUUUUUAUUCAUAAUUCGGAGGGACACUGCCGCCAUAUUGUUUCAAGGCAUUGAGUACAAACGUACUACUUGGCUCUCUCUCGCUCUCUCUCCCUCCAAGUCUCUCUUACAGUCAUUUUGCAAGUUUCUGGAUUUUGUCGUCUUGAUGUUAAAGAAGAGGGAGAGAGUAACGAAGAUGAAGUGUAUGCCACAGAAUGACUUCGCGAAAACCUGUCAACCAGUUUUUUUUAUUGUGCAAAUAUGGGUAGAUUUGAAACCAAUCAUCUAUCUUUAUAUAUUUCUACUAUGGAAAAUCAUUUUCAUUUGAUUUGUUGCAA